GAAUAUUCGACCAGGAAAUGGAGUCGUGAUGUCAACAGAUACUUGGAGCUAUCGACAUGGAACUGACUGUCUUUUUCAUUAGAAAACGCUGCUUUUAGGUUUAAACUGACUUAUUUUAGAAUGACAGGCGUUGGCCACAAAGUUUUGUUGCUGGCCGUAUUGCUGUUAUUCGUAAACCCAUGCGUGUUAGAGCGAGUCGAGAGAGAAAACUCGUUGGACCUGCAUGAGAGAGAUGACGACGGAGGAGAGUUGACACAGGAUACGAUUAAAAACCAGCAAGCAUUAACAAAACAUAAAACAGAAGAUGGACCCGAUUCAAAUGUCCUACAGAAAGAUGGACAGUCUGUCAGCAAGUACAAUGAUACUGAUACCUACAGCAAUGAGACCCUCCACUCUACCACACCUACUGCCAAGCCAACGACCCCGACACCCCCAACUGUCAAGCCCAUUUUGCCUGUGCAGACAGGGGUCAAGGCCCAAGAAGAAGAGCAGUCCAGCGGGUUGACCAUAUUCUUCAGUUUACUAGUUAUUGGUAUCUGCAUCAUAUUGGUGCACUUGCUCAUCAAGUUCAAGCUGCAUUUUCUUCCAGAGAGCGUGGCUGUUGUAUCCCUUGGGAUUCUAAUGGGAGGUUUCAUCAAGAUUAUUGAGUUCCAGGAACUAGCCAACUGGAAGGAGGAGGAAAUGUUCCGACCGAACAUGUUCUUCCUUUUGCUGCUGCCACCUAUCAUCUUUGAAUCUGGAUACUCUUUACACAAGGGGAACUUCUUCCAGAACAUUGGCUCCAUUACCCUCUUUGCUGUGAUUGGCACAGCUAUCUCUGCCUUCAUAGUCGGGGGAGGUAUCUAUUUCCUCGGGCAGGCUGACGUGAUCUAUAAGAUGACCAUGACUGAUAGCUUUGCCUUUGGCUCGUUGAUCUCAGCUGUGGACCCUGUAGCUACCAUCGCUAUAUUUAAUGCCCUCAAUGUGGACCCGGUCCUCAACAUGCUGGUGUUUGGUGAAAGCAUUCUCAAUGAUGCUGUCUCCAUUGUCCUCACCAACACUGCUGAGGGUUUCUUUUCCCGCUCAGACAACUCCAUGGUAACCGGCUGGGAGACUUUUUUGCAAGCAUUGGGUUAUUUUCUUAAAAUGUUUUUUGGAUCUGCUGCCCUGGGAACCCUCACAGGACUCAUCUCAGCUCUUUUUCUAAAACACUUCGAUCUGAGGAAGACUCCUUCCCUGGAGUUUGGUAUGAUGAUAAUCUUCGCAUACCUACCCUAUGGCCUGGCAGAGGGCAUCAAACUGUCUGGAAUUAUGUCUAUCCUGUUUGCGGGAAUUGUGAUGUCUCACUACACCCAUCACAACUUGUCUCCUGUCACCCAGAUCCUCAUGCAGCAGACACUGCGCACAGUGGCCUUCAUGUGUGAGACGUGUGUGUUUGCCUUCCUUGGUCUCUCCAUCUUCAGCUUCCCUCAUAACUUUGAAAUAUCCUUUGUCAUCUGGUGCAUCGUCCUGGUUCUUCUUGGCCGAGCGGUGAACAUCUUCCCACUGUCAUUCCUGUUGAACUUUUUCAGAGACCACAAGAUCACUCCCAAAAUGAUGUUCAUCAUGUGGUUUAGUGGUUUGAGAGGAGCUAUCCCCUACGCUUUGAGCCUUCAUCUGGGCCUGGAGCCCAUUGAGAAGCGGCAGCUGAUUGGCACCACCACCAUCAUCAUCGUACUCUUCACCAUCCUUCUCCUGGGGGGCGGUACCAUGCCACUCAUCCGCAUCAUGGACAUUGAGGAUAGCCAAUCGCGGCGUAAGAACAAGAAAGACAUCAAUCUCAGCAAGACAGAGAAAAUGGGUAAUACCAUUGAGUCAGAGCACCUAUCAGAACUGACGGAGGAGGAGUACGAGGCUCAGAUCUACCACAGACAAGAUCUAAAGGGCUUUAUGUGGCUUGAUGCUAAGUACCUUAACCCCUUCUUCACUCGCAGGCUUACCCAAGAGGACCUGUUACAUGGCCGGAUCCAGAUGAAGACCCUGACCAACAAGUGGUACGAAGAAGUUCGUCAGGGACCCUCAGGCUCUGAAGACGACGAGGAUGAAGCAGAACUUCUGUGAACUGAACAAACCCUUUCAGUUCAUAUGAAAACAAUGAACAGACGUGUCUCCUGGGCAGAGGGAGUGUAUGUGUGUCUGUCUGUCUGUCUCUGUGUGUGACUGCUUGUGUGUGUAAAGACAAACACUGUUCUCAGAGUCAGUCACAUGCACUUCUUGUUUGUUCACCUGUUUAGUUUAUGUGACAAAAGAGUUUCACUGAGUGCCCACUGUGGAUUUUCAGCACACAAAGUGGGCUGGAAUGUGUCAAACCUUAGUCCCAGUAAAACUGGAUUUGAAAAUUUUAACACUGGAUGAAGCAAAAAGAAAAAAAAUCUGUGAAAAAUUCUCUUCCUCACACGAAUGCUAUAUUGUUCGAGUUAAAGAAACUGAAAGGAUAUCUGAAUAAUUGUGUGCCCCUGUUCACUGCUGAACAGCACACAGGAAGUUUUGCUGAUUCUGAGAAACUUUUUCCAGGUGUUUCUUUUCUAAAAGUGAAGGGAAAUCAGAAGGGAAGCUGUGAGGGAAUUUUUUAAAUGUAAAGCAAUACUAGAGCACCUUUUCACAUUUUCCUCUUAACUUUUGUAUUGUCCGUUGCUAUGUGGCACUAACUUAUUUAAGUUCUGCUGAAAGGGGUGAGGGGGUGAAACAUUAUGUUGCUACAGGCUUAAUUCUUAAAAUGAGAUUUGUAACAAGCCACAGGUUCCUGCUUUGAAUAGCUCCUUGUCUCCACAUUAGUAUGCAUUAAUGAUUCUGAGUUCAUUUAUUAAAAGACACACAUAUUUCUACAUAUGUUAUGAAGAUAAAAUACAAGGAGUGAUGCAUGAGCUACCACUUCACCCUCCAGCAACUAGGCAACGAAGAGAAAUGAAGGAGAGAGUUAAAACUAGUGAAACAUGCUGGGUAAAACUAAUAAUUUUCAAAACAUGAAAUACCUAGCUUAUGGGAAAAUAAUUGUACUCUAAAAAAAUGGAAAUUGCUUUCAUUUUCAAGUAGUGUUCCAGUCUGGUUUCCCUAAAUUGACUUUUCUUUGUUUAUUUCCAUGUUCUGGUGAAGUUUCUGCCACUACACUCUGUAUAAAGUAGAACUUUAAAUGUUGCUUUUGUGAUUUUCACUAAGGGUUUCUAAUGAAAACAGGCACCAAUGAAUGUGUGGGUAACUUGGAAUAUGGUCUUAUGAAUGUUAAUGUAUUUUUUUUUUAUUUAUUUAUAAAUGUUUAUGUGCUGUUUGUGGGGUAAAAGCUUUUAUACAAGCUCUAUGAGCACUGCAGAAUUAUACAAAAAUAUCUAUAAUAAAUCAUUGACAUCCUA